GCUGCCCGCUGCUCGUCCUCCGCUGCGCUCCGGGGGGCGAUGCUGGCGAGGCUGUGGCUGGGGCUGGCGGGCGCUUUCCUGGCCGCGCUGCUGGCUCUGCCGCGGCUGCAGCCCCCGCCCGGGUCUCCCGCGCUCAGCCUGGCGGGGCUCUUCCAUGAUCUGCUCCGCUACGGGAAGACCAAGGGCGGUUGCGGGCAGCGGCCGGCCUGGCUGCGGCGCUGCGAUGUGCCCAAGAGAUGGUUCUAUCACUUCUAUGUUGUGGCUGUGAUCUGGAAUGGCAUCCUGCUCCUGUGGCUCACCCAAAGCCUUUUCUUCUCGUGGCCCUUCCCAGUUUGGUUUCAGGAUUUGCUCGGCAUUCUUGGUGAAGCAUCCCAGGACUGGAACGGAGGCACGUAUUUUUCUGAGAAUGGUGGUGAGUCCCUCUCUGCUUUUCUGGUUUGCCUUUUUGUCUGGCUGAACAGCUGUAGGCGACUCUGGGAAUGUCUUCGCAUCAGCGUGUUCUCCAGAGGAGUAAUUCACGUCAUACAGUAUUGCUUUGGACUCUCUUACUAUGUGCUGGUGGGUUUAACAGUGUUAAGUCAAGUGCCACCUGGUGUCCGGGAAGGGAGAGGUGGCAGGCCGACCAUCUGCUGGUGCCACGUCUUUGGACUCAUGAUGUUCAUUUGGGCCUCAGUUCAUCAGCAGAGGUGUCAUGUUAUCCUAGCCAAUCUGAGGAAAAAUAAAUCAGGAGAGGUGGUGAAUCUGGACCAUCGCAUUCCUUUUGGCGACUGGUUUGAAAUGGUGUCGUGUCCGCACUACUUUGCUGAACUCCUAAUAUACAUAUCAAUGGCCAUUACAUUUGGAUUGAACAAUUUAACCUGGUGGCUUGUGGUGAUCUACGUGCUCUUUAACCAGGCCGUCAGUGCUGUGUUGUGCCAUGAAUUCUACCUGAGCUACUUCAAGCACUAUCCAAAGCAUCGGAAAGCGUACAUUCCCUUUCUCUUUUAAGCUAUUCACUUUAAGAAACUUAAUUCCAACUUUGACAUCUCAUUUGGAAAGAACAGCCGAGGUCUUUGGGAAUCAUGGUUAUUAUGAACCAAGGAUUUGGCUGAAACUGAGUCGAUACGGAUGAUUUUGAAAUGUACAUGUGGUUCCGAAAUGGCCUUGGUAAUUUGCCUUUGUGGUCACAACUAAAGAAUAUGAAAGCAUUAUUUGUGAAGUUAAAGAGGACUUCCGCAGUGUGCUUGAAUCCUGAAGGGUUUCUACCUUGCAGCCUAGUUGAACAUGAGCAACUUGAUUAGCUUGGAAUAGCAGGAACAACCCGUAACUGGGCCUGAUUCUGUUCAGAAGUAACUACAUGAAGCAGAAUGGAGAUACAGCAUGCACUUCUAUCCCUUCAGUAAUGAAUUGAGAAAUCAGCACUUAAGUUUCAUGGGUCAACAAGCUCCACUAAAAAGCAUUGUGUCUAAGGCAAGAUUAAAGUUUGGUCUGUG